UUUUGAAGUUUGGAUUAGAUAAAUUAAUGGAGUCGGAAGAAAGCUCUUUUGGAUGUGAAGACUUGGAAAGUAUAAUUGGUGAAACUGAUGCUAAUGGACACUGGAUAAUACAAGACACUGCAGUACCUGAAGCAUUAGAAGGAGAGGGAGAGGAGGAGCAAAGAGGACCAGAGACAAUAUACAUGUACGAGGGAAGAGACUAUUCUAAAGUUGAUGAGAAAGACCAAAAAACAUUUGAAGAAUUAUUAUCAGGUUAG